AUGCCGAGUGUUUUGCCCGAGAGCGCGAGCCCCGAGUCUGUCUUGAGUCUUACCAAUCCUGGGCGUGGCCACCGCCGCCCAGGCGUCGUUCCGUGCCGACGGGCGAAAUAUCCGUCGUAUUCCCACGUAAUGGAACCUAUGCCGUCGUCUCCCCCCUGCGCCAUCGCCUUUGGAUAUUGCAACACACCGGUCCUGCUCUCCUUUGGCUCCCAGCUCGGGUGGAGCGUGGAAUGCGUCGACGGCGCCCUCUACGGCUCGCCCACCGUCAAGGGUUACGACAACGCUGCCCUCCCUGCCGCUGCUGAGCUAUACUUUGUGUUCAACUCCACGGGUCCCCUGAACGAGGCUGCUCCGGACUACUUGAAUAGCUUGGCCAUCUUUUCAUCACAGCCUUUAUAG